AUCCGAUAAUAAAAGUAACAAUAUUUAUUACUUGUGCAGACUUCACGCAAUUGAAAACGACAGAAUGUUGCCCCAAUUUAUCGUUUGUUGAAAUUUCUGUAUGAGUUUCUUUAUAGCCGUGUUACUUGCCUUUGUUAAUUCUUGUGAAUUAUUAUUUUAAAUCAACAUGUCUGCGACAACGCUGGUCCGUUUCUCUAAAUUUUUACGUUUGUCUAAAAGUAUUGUAAAGAUGAUGCGAGUCCUCUGGCCGAACCAAAGGAUCACAUCGGACAACAGAGAUCAUUGAAGCGUUAUCAACAUAAACUAGAUCUAAGAACUUACAAACUCGUUUGAAAUUAAAUUAAUUUGGUUAAGACCCAACUCCGACAUUUCAUCUAAGAACUCGUUAAAACAUGAACGAGUGCUAAUAGGGAUGGUGUGAUCAUCAAUAGAUUUCCAUGUUACGCACGGAGAUAAACAGUGCAACACGAAAUGAUGAAAACUCAUCGAUUGAUGAUACAGUACUGGACAAAUUGUGGGAGCUUGGAGCUUUUGGCAUUCAGGCUCCAGAGAAAUAUGGCGGCUUGGGACUUGGCAAUACACAAUAUGGCCGUUUGUGUGAAAUUUUGGGUGCUAACGAUCUUAGUGUUGGAAUUACUCUAGGUGCACACCAAAGUAUUGGUUUCAAGGGAAUCUUGUUAUUUGGUACACAACAACAAAAAGAAAAAUACUUAUCAAAGUUAACGACAGAGAAAGUGUACGCAGCAUUCGCUCUUACCGAACCAAGCUCUGGAUCUGAUGCUGGUUCCAUACGUACUCGGGCUGUAAAAAGUGAUGAUGGAAAUUAUUUUAUUUUAAACGGUUCUAAGAUCUGGAUAUCUAAUGGUGGCGUUGCUGACGUAAUGACAGUGUUUGCACAAACAGAACAAGUCGACCUGGCAACUGGCGAAAAAACAGAUAAGGUAACAGCCUUCAUCGUGGAGAGAUCUUUUGGAGGUGUAACAAAUGGCCCUCCAGAAAAGAAAAUGGGCAUUAAAGCAUCGAAUACAACUGAGGUGUAUUUCGAUAAUGUUAAAGUCCCAAUCGAUAAUGGUUUAGGAGGGGAAGGCAAUGGGUUUAAAGUUGCUAUGACUAUAUUAAAUAAUGGUCGCUUUGGAAUGGGAGCAACUUUAGCCGGCACAAUGAAAUUUUGUAUACAAAAAGCUGUAGAUCAUGCAAAUAAUAGGGUACAAUUUGGAAAGAAAAUCAAAGAAUAUGGUUGUAUACAAGAAAAAAUAUCUCAAAUGAAUAUACUUCAGUAUGCAACUGAGUCAAUGGCUUAUACCAUAUCGCAAAAUAUGGACAAAGGAAGUAAAGAAUAUCACUUAGAAGCUGCGAUAUCAAAAAUUUUUGCGUCUGAAUCGGCGUGGUAUGUUUGCGAUGAAGCUAUUCAAAUACUUGGAGGAAUGGGAUAUAUGAAAGAAGCUGAACUAGAACGUGUCCUCAGAGAUCUCAGAAUAUUCCGCAUUUUCGAAGGCACUAAUGACAUUUUGCGACUUUUUGUCGCACUAACAGGCAUUCAGUAUGCUGCCUCGAACCUAAAAUUUUUACAGAGAGCCUUUAAAAACCCCGCCAGUAACUUUGGAAUAAUCUCAACAGAGAUAUCAAGGAGAGUUUCUACGUCCAUUGGAUUGGGAACAAUAGAUUUUAAUCCACACAUAGCACCAGAACUUCAGAAUUACGCUAAAAAAGCGGCUAACUGUAUUGAAUUAUUUGGGAAAAGUGUGGAACGCCUUCUGGUUAAGUAUGGCAAAAACAUCAUCAAUGAGCAAUAUAUAUUGAAACGUUUAUCAAAUGCUUCAAUCGAUAUAUAUUCAAUGGUAGUUACAUUAUCUCGUGCGUCGCGUGCAAUUAAAUUAAACUUACCUACUGCACAGCACGAAUUGAAUAUGACUAAAGUUUUAUGCAUUCAGGCAUCAAACCGAUGUAUGGAUAAUCUUCGAAAUACAAGUGCAGAAUCUGAACUGGAACUGAUUAACGUAAUGGAAGAAAUAGCCAGGGAAGUCUGUAAUAAGGGAGGAGUUAACACGACUCAUGUCAUUACUAAUUGACGAUUCUUUGCGAUUUUUAUAUUUUAUAAUUUUUUUACUCUUAUAUAUUUUCAUUAAAAGUUUGCAUAUGAACGUGUUAGUUAACAGGGGGAUAAUAUUCAAACUUACUACAUCUGGAUGUUUGUUGCGUCAAGCGACAUAUUUAUAUCUAAAAUAAGAAUAAUAAAAUGAAUUGUUAAAUAUUGAAUUAGUAAAAAUUAAAUUAAGAAAAUCUAUUAUAUAAAAUACUUACCUUAAUAAUGCGUUCAUAAUACUAAACUAUUACUUACCUUAAUACUUAUCUUAACAUAAGCUAGUACAAUUUAUAUUUAUAUUUAUAGAACAAACUUUCGGAAUUUUUAAGAAACAGUUUAAAAUUUUAAAUUAUGUUGAAGCUUCGAGCAUUAAAGCCACAUCUAAUGUAAUACUCGCUUGCGCUAUCUUACACAAUUUUAUCAUAAAUAAGGGAGGUUAUUUUGAACAUAUUAACGAUACAAUAACACAUGCCGAUAUGGAAACCAACAAUGAAAUCGAAGGAAUUCAAGAUGCCCCCAUUCGCCGUGUUGAUUCAGAUGAUAUCAAUGGAAUCGAUAGAAGAAACUAUUUUACCACUCUGUUUUCAUCAUAAAAAAUUUACUUUACCUCACCUUCCUUUAUUUGAAUAAUUUUUUUAUUACUUUUUCUGAUGAACUUCGUUUUAAUUUUUAUUGUUUUCAUUUACAUUUUUAACUUCGGUCACAACUUUCUUCCACAAUACAUUUUUUUUCCUUCUACCCGAUUUAAACUCGUCCUCCAUAUUCAACCUUUCUCUUAGCAAUAACUGUGUCUCCGCAUUACUGAGAUUUUCACUAAAAAUUUAAAAAUAAUAAUUUAUACAAUUAUUAUUAACAUAAUUUAACUAAAUUUCAAUACAAAAAAUAAAAUAAAACAGUUUUGCACUUAGAGAGGAUAA